CAUCAAUUCCGGCUCGUCACCAUGUCGCGGCGGUACGAUUCAAGGACGACCAUCUUCUCGCCCGAAGGACGUCUCUACCAGGUCGAAUAUGCCCUCGAGGCCAUCUCGCACGCCGGAACCGCUCUAGGCAUCCUCGCCCAAGAUGGCAUUGUGCUCGCCGCCGAGCGGAAGGUCACCAGCAAGCUGCUCGAGCAGGAUACGUCGGCUGAGAAGCUAUACAUCCUCAACGACAACAUGAUCUGCGCUGUCGCCGGAAUGACCGCUGAUGCCAACAUCCUCAUCAACUACGCCCGCCAGGCUGCCCAGCGCUACCUGCUCACCUAUGACGAGGACAUUCCCUGCGAACAGCUCGUACGCCGCCUGUGCGAUCUCAAGCAGGGCUACACCCAGCACGGUGGUCUCCGUCCUUUCGGUGUGUCAUUCAUCUACGCAGGGUGGGAUCCCCAGAGGCAGUUCCAGCUCUUCCAGAGCAAUCCUAGUGGCAACUACGGUGGCUGGAAGGCGACGAGUGUGGGCGCCAACAACGCUUCCGCUCAAGCUCUGCUGAAGCAAGACUACAAGGAGGAAUGCGAUUUGAAGGAGGCUUGUGGUCUGGCUGUAAAGGUGCUCAGUAAGACGAUGGACUCCACCAAAUUGAGUAGCGAGAAAAUUGAAUUCGCCACCGUAGGCCGGACGAAAGCUGGAAAGAUCUACCACCACCUGUGGGGAGCUGAUGAGAUUGAUGCCCUGCUUAGGGAGCAUGGUCUGGCUAAAGCAGAGGACACUGAGAUGAGCGAGCUAUAA